AUGGCCUCCACCGAGGAUGAGCGACCUGCCAAACGCACGCGCCAAGCUUGCGAGACUUGUCGGCUGAUCCAGUUCCCAGGCCGACUGGGCCAGAACUGCUUCUACACGGGUAGCACUGAUGCCGUCGACGAGGGCUCGGAGUUCGCAAAACAUAUGGAAGACCGUGUCUCAAGGAUCGAGAGCAAAUUAGAACAGUUGAUUGAGUACAUAGCUGCCGGCCGGCGACAACCACAGCCCACUGGCCCAUCCCCUAUGGUCAGUAUUCAUGAGGGCGAACAACCUUUACCACAUCCAGAACUGUCUUCUAGGAGACAUGAACCCAUGCAACAUCCAUUCUCGUCCGAUUUGUCUUCCAUUGAGUUGUAUCGGAUCUUCUGCAACUUUCAACCCCUUCCGCUCUUCCCAAGGGAAGAAUCCUCUGUAUCAUUAGCCGGCAGAGAUCCAGAACUCGUUCUUGCCAUGGAGGCCCUUGGUGCUCGCUUUCUCGGCAGGGGCGUCAAGGACAGCCAAACAAAUGAGCAGAUCACCAUGUUGGAAUUCACAGCUGGAAACCUUGUCCGAGCAGGCUUCUAUGCUAAAAAUGCAAAGUUCUUCAUGCAGAAUAUCCGAGUCGGUGACCUAGAGUCUCUGAAGCAUCUGGAUUCAGAGCGCGAUGAGCGCAAGUUGUGCCAAGCCAACAUCGACAUCAAGGCUGCCAACAUGCACACGAGUGAGUUGUGGGCUCUAGCAUGCAACUAUGCCAUGAAUCAUACCGGUGACGACACCAAUCCUCCGUGGCAUCCACAAUCGGACUAUGCAAUAAUCACGUACUGGCAUACUGAGCAUGAAAGCUGUAUGCCACUGAGAUUCCGUCUUCAUGCGAGUCGAUUCUCAGACCACUCGCCAGCCGAGCUACAGACAAACCGUGACUAUUGGGGCCCCUGGUUAUUUUUCCAGGUCGUAUGGCAUGCGAUCCCAGCCCUUUUGAACCACCCUUUUCUUCUUUCUAUGCGACUUCGGAACUUCAGAAGGACCAUGCCCCAGUCAUUCCUUCGCAACUCGUUCGAGCAGCUUACCUUUCAUUCGGGCUGGAUUGUGCAUUUCCUCGAACUUGUGGAAUCGAAGAACUUUGAAGUUUCCGAUCCAACUUUGGGUCACUGCGUGACUAUAGUUGCUACCAUCUACCUUCAACACAGCUUUGCGGAAGAUCAAGACUUUGGCAAACAGGCGCAGACAGGAUUCGAAAAAUGUCUUCGUUUCCUGCGAACAAUGGCCAAUCGGUGGCCCCAUAUUGAACGCCAGGUCCAACAUUUAGAACAACUUCGAGGUAGUAUUUCUCCGGGUGGUCUCAUGACAGACGCGAGUACACCUAAAACAGUAUCCAAUCAUCGCCAAAAAUGGUCCGUCAAUCUACAACUCCUUCGAAAAAUUCUGGUCUACUCGCAAGCCAGCAAGUCUUCGAAUCCCGCUGGCGAUAUUUUCGGGCCCCAACUGGUCAAGGAUAACAUCGCAAGCGGCGCGUCAUUCGCUGGUGAUAUUGCUGAUCCCGGGUUUUCCCUGAUUGGAUCUGAGGGGUAUAUCAGGACAUGA